CGUCACAAACGCUCGCAGCUUUUGACAAUCCCACUCUACCAGCCUCAUCUGAUUCUUUUCCCAUUGCCCACUACCACACCGCCCUAGAGCCCUAGUCUCGUUCAUCCUUGGCCCCUGUUCCGUCUGCAUCUGGCCCUGUCGCGCACCGUCUCUCCAUCGGUACGGCAGGUAGAAAGUAUAUGUAGGAGCCAGAGCUCGGAACCUACGAGAACCCACUUGCACUCGGCGGGCCCUGUUUAUUAUCAUACUUUCGUCACCCAACACCGCGGCUGAAAAACACUAAUCCCUCCCCUCUCGCGCCUGCGAGCACUUGUCACACCCCUCACCUGCCGCCGUCACAAGCUGUCCCGCACGCUUGCUGUGCUGACCUCGCCUGAUUAUUCCCGCUGUAAAUAAACCUUCAUCUCCAGCAAUCGGACCAUCUGGUCCCCUCGUUCAGUCCACUGCCCCUCCAUACAGUUUCCGCGCAAACUUCAGAAAGAUGCCCGACGAACCCACACGGCUUGUAAGGCCCGAGGCCUCGGAAGGACGCCUGCUCCUCGUCUCCAACCGUCUUCCCAUUACUAUCAAGCGCUCAGAUGAGGGCAAGUACGACAUGUCCAUGUCCUCUGGUGGACUGGUCAGUGGCCUGAGCGGCCUGGCAAAGACGACGACCUUCCAGUGGUAUGGCUGGCCCGGACUCGAGGUACCAGAAGACGAGGCCAAGGGCCUGAACGACCAGCUCAAGGAGAAGUACAAUGCCGUGCCCGUCAUGCUCGACGACGAGCUUGCAGACCGACACUACAACGGCUUCUCAAACGAAAUCAUGUGGCCGCUGUUCCACUACCACCCCGGUGAGAUCACCUUUGACGAGUCCGCCUGGGAUGCAUACACCGAGGCCAACCGUCUGUUCGCAAAGGCUGUCGCAAAAGACGUACAAGAUAACGACAUGGUCUGGGUGCACGAUUACCACCUGAUGCUCAUGCCAUCUAUGCUGCGAGAAGAGCUUGGCGACACAAAGAAGAAUGUCAAGAUUGGUUUCUUCUUGCACACUCCCUUCCCCAGCUCCGAGAUUUACAGAAUCCUCCCCGUCCGUAACGAGAUCCUGCUUGGUGUCCUCCACUGCGAUCUCAUUGGUUUCCACACCUACGACUAUGCCCGCCACUUUCUGAGCAGUUGCUCUCGCAUUCUCGGUCUGGCUACAACUCCAAACGGCGUUGAGUUCCAAGGCAAGGUCGUAACCGUGGGCGCUUUCCCUAUCGGUAUCGACCCAGAAAAGUUCGACGAGGGUCUUCAGAAGCCAAAGGUGCAGGAGCGGAUAGCGGCUCUCGAGAAGAAGUUCCAAGGCGUGAAGCUGAUUGUUGGUGUUGACCGUCUUGACUACAUCAAGGGUGUACCACAGAAGCUGCAUGCUCUUGAAGUAUUCCUCACCGAACACCCUGAAUGGAUUGGCAAGGUUGUGCUUGUCCAAGUCGCUGUUCCCUCCAGACAAGACGUCGAAGAGUACCAAAAUCUUCGGGCUGUUGUCAAUGAGCUUGUUGGUCGCAUCAACGGCAAGUUUGGCACCAUUGAGUUUAUGCCCAUCCACUUCAUGCACAAGUCCGUCUCUUUUGACGAGCUCAUCGCACUCUAUGCCGUUUCAGACGUCUGCCUUGUUUCUUCAACGCGCGACGGUAUGAACUUGGUCUCCUACGAGUACAUUGCGACACAAGAGAAGCGACAUGGCGUCAUGAUCCUCUCAGAGUUCACUGGUGCUGCUCAGAGCUUGAACGGCAGUCUCAUUGUCAACCCAUGGAACACUGAAGAGCUGGCGGAUGCAAUCCAUGAUGCAGUCACAAUGGGCGACGAGCAACGUAGCUUAAACUACCAGAAGCUAUCAAAAUACGUCCGCAAAUACACUAGUGCCUGGUGGGGCGAGUCCUUCGUCACCGAGCUUAGAAGGAUCUCGGAAGCUUCAGACCGCAAGGUGCACUUUGCCAACGUCACUGCUACAGGGUCUGAAGAAAAUGCUAAGACUGGCGGAGAGAAUGUUACUGAACCUGCUGCUGCUGCCAAUGCUCAAUGAGAGACAUGGCGUGGCGCCUUGGCGUCGUUGAUGCUUUGACGAUGACGAAAUUUCAUGUGGCGGAAAGACAGCGUGAUGGAAAUCGCUUGGGCUAGGCAGAGAUGAAGGGUUCAGUUCUUGCGGUACUUGCUCAAUUACUAGACCCUUUUUACUUAGAUGCUGUAGCGGAUUACAUGCUACAGCAACAAAUUAUACCCCUUCCAUGGACAAGAUGAAGUUUUAUACGAAUUUUUGGUUAUUCAUAUAAUACAAACGGACCGGGGUGUCAGUGCUGUUG